AUGGCAGACGACCUCUCCGAUCUCGAAAAGCUAGAAUCAGGUCUCCACGCCCUCGAGCCGAUCCCCACCCACGAAGCCGUCUUCGAACAACAACCUUCCUCCCAUGACGAUAAACCCUCCCACCCCAAACGAACGUCAACAACAGGUCUCGGUCUCUCCCAGCACUCCGCGAUAUGGUACCUCACGCGCGUCCAGAAGUACUCGACCUACGUCUUUUCCGCUUUCGCCGUAAUGCACAUCACCAAUACCUCCCUCAUCCCUCUCGCCCUGCAAUCCGUCCCCGCCAGCGAACCUUACCUCCUCCUCACGCGGCCAUACUACCAAGGACCGCCCGCUGAGCCGUUGGUUGUGAUGCUUCCGCUGUACUCGCAUAUCAUCUCGGGCAUUGCGUUGAGGGUGCUGCGAAGGAAUAUUGCAGCGAAGCGGUAUGGCGAAGCACACAGCAAGGAGAACAAAGCUAGCUUCUUCACGCGUUUCUGGCCGAGUGUUAGUGGGAUAAGUAAACUGGGAUACCUCUUCACACCGCUGGCGAUUGGACACAUGUUCAUCAACCGCGCCAUCCCGAAUCACUUCUACGACAAUGCCGAUAACGUCAACCUGUCAUACGUCAGCCAUGCCUCCGCGCGGCAUCCCAUCAUCUCAUAUGCGGGCUUCAGCGCCUUGCUUGGUGUAGGAUGCUUUCACAUUGUAUGGGGAUGGGCGAAGUGGCUUGGCUGGACGCCGGAUCAGAGUACGGAUAUGAGUGGACACAGAGCGGUCGGGAAGAAGAGGAGGUGGUAUGCGAUUAAUGUCAUUGCGGCUGCAGUGAUGGGGCUGUGGAUGGCUGGUGCGUUUGGGGUCGUGGCAAGAGGUGGGGAGGCGAUGGGAUGGGUCGCGAGGCAGUAUGAUGAGAUGUAUAGGAUGGUGCCGAUUGUGGGAAGGUGGAUGUGA